AUGCGACAGGAAUAUAAAACUCUGAUACUUGACUUGGGUGGUGUUCUUGCCAAGUAUUCAACAAAGAACAAUGUCGGUCUCUCCGCAAGCCUGAUCAAAGCUGCCCUCGACACAUCCUACUGGCACGACUACGAAGCAGGCCGUAUUACAAACGACGAGUGCUACAAUAAUAUAUGCCAAGAAUUCGGCAUUGACAUUGAAACAUGGACCGAAGCGUUGGGACAAAUGAGAAGGGGGGGCCUGCAGGUAAAUACUGCUUUGAUCUCCUCUAUCAAGGAGCUCAGACAGAUGCAUCCUAAUACCAAGGUUUUCUGUCUUUCUAACAUCCCUGCAUCUGAGUCUGACGCACUCGAACAUGAAAUCCAGAGCUGGGGUAUCAUUGACGAAUUCAUCGGCUCUGCCACUAUUCGUCAGAGGAAGCCAGACAUGGCCGCUUACGAAGAAUGCUUGAAGAUUGUCAAGACCCCUGCAUCUUCUUGCAUCUUUGUUGAUGAUAAGGUGGAGAAUGUUGUUGCCGCUCAAGCCCUUGGUAUCAAGAGCAUCUUAUUCAAUGAUACCGAAACUCUCGUCAGGGAUCUUCACAACCUCAUUGGAGAUCCUGUUGCACGCGCAAAGUUGUUUCUUGAAGACGAAGGAAAGCGCCUCUUCUGUCCAAUGAGCACUUCUCAUAUGCUUCUGGACAAUUACUCUCAGUUGAUCAUUUUUCAAAACCCGAGAAUCCGUGAUCUGGUUAUGCCAGAGAGCAUGGGGGACUCUUGGAACUAUUUCCAACAAGGAUCGCCGAUACUGACGAACACAGUCCACCCCGAUUAUUCUGACACUACAUCACUCGUAAUAGCAGUCUUGGACAAUGUUACAACGGCUGCAAAACUCAAGGCCAGAGAUGAGAUACUCUCAAACUUGACCCCGGACGGUUUGCCUCUUUGUUGGCUUAGCAAAAGUCGUCCUCAGUUUUGCCACUGCAUCUGCGUCAGCGUUUUCCGCUUCUUCGUCAUCAACGACUGGGGUGAAGAGCUCUCCAUGGUUAAUGAUUUUGUCUGCCGUCUACUCGAAACUCGAGCCUACCUUCACGGAAGUCGCUAUUACAAAAACCCAGAUUGGCUCCUAUAUAUACUCUCUGACCUCUGCGAGAGGCGUCCUUCGGACCCACAGCUUCAGCGUAUAAGAGGGUUGCUCAUCGAGUGUGUUCGCGAACGUAUGGGAUGUGAUGACAAUGUUUUUGGUGCUGUAAUGAGAUCGUUGAGUUCUCAAUCUCUUGGUUUUCAGAAUGGGAGAGAUUUGAAGAUUGUGCUUGAUGGGCAGCAACUUGACGGCGGAUGGGAUUUGGCAUGGUCAUGGGGGUACGGCGCUGAGCCGCAUCACAUUGGAAGUCGGAGAGUUUUGACAGCCAUGGCUCUGAACGCGAUUCAGGGGAUGGAAUUGUUUUCUGAAGAGACUGUUAUCCCAUAG